UACUUCAGUUUUCUUCAUUUCUCAAAUUUCUCAACGAUAUUUUUGAUUUUUCCGCCGAUUUAUCGAGACCCCACGCCCUACUACUAAAAUAGUAGGCGUAAACCAAGUUGUAUGUUGUCCACGCGCUUGUGUACAAAACAAACAAACUAGAAAUUCCGUAGCACUAGCAUUAUCAAUUGGUAGAAUAGAAUAAUCAGUUUAAAGAAAUUCCAUGAUUUGACGUCACAAGAUUUCAUUUUGUGCUGAAAUAGUGAGAUACGUUACGUCAGUGGUUUGUUUCGUUUACCUACUGUCGUUUAAUUAAGUUAAUAGCUUUUAGUGCCAGUCUCGCGGUAACCGAAUUCCUCAAGACACUUUUUGUAAUAUGUCUACUUUUACUCCGGGUACAUCUGCUAAUCCUACGUCUGAAGUUGAGCUUUCCAUAUCUUGCAGGAAUUUGUUGGACUGCGAUGUAUUCUCGAAAUCAGAUCCUAUGUGUGUGGUUUUCUACAAAUCACCCGAAGUGCCGGAUUGGAGGGAAAUAUGUCGUACCGAAGUGAUAGAUAAUAAUCUGAAUCCAAAUUUCAGCAAAAAAGCUAUCCUUACUUAUCAUUUCGAAGUUCUUCAAGAAUUGAAGUUCAGCGUUUAUGAUGUCGAUAAUAACAGUAGCAAUCUAAAUGAUCAUGACUUUUUGGGAAGUUGUACUACCACUUUGGGCCAGCUAGUAUCGGCUUCAAAACUCACUCUACCCCUGAAAGGUGGAAAGGAAAUUAAUAAAGGCCAGUUAACCGUUCAUGUAGAAGAAUUGUCAUCGUGUCGAGACGAAAUUGUACUCGAAUUUAAAGGAUGGGGAUUGCAAAGAGAUGACUGGUGUGGAUGGUUUCUGUCCUUUUUCCGUAGUUCGAAUGCAUUCUUGGAGUUUGCAAAAUCCGGCGAAGAAGGUGAUUAUCGAGUUGUGCAUCGUUCUGAAGUGGUAAGAUGGUCUACAAGUCCAAGGUGGAAACGAUUUUCUAUACCGUUACGUUCGUUGUGUGGAGGAGAUUUGGAUCGGGAUAUCAAAAUCGCUUGUUUCGAUUAUAAUAACAAUGGAAGUCAUACGUUGAUAGGCGAAUUCAACGUCACUGUUAAUCAAUUGUCGAAAGGAGUCUGUAGCGAAAAUGACUUUGAGUGUUAUCAAGUUGACACGAAGAAACGUAAUCCAACCACCAAAACGAAUGGACGAGUUACAUUGGAAUAUUAUGAAAUGCGAAAAGUACACACGUUUUUAGACUACAUAACCGGCGGUACUCAGCUGAAUUGUACUUUUGCCAUCGAUUUCACUUCUUCGAAUGGCGACCCACAUUUACCGAGUUCCUUGCAUUAUAUUAGUGGAGGACAGCCUAAUCAGUACCAACAGGCUCUCAAAGCAGUAGGCGAAAUUAUACAAGAUUACGAUAGCGAUAAAAUGUACCCUGUGCUCGGUUUCGGCGCAAGACUGCCCCCAGACGGAAGAAUAUCUCACGAAUUUUUCGUCAAUAUGCAUCCCACCAAUCCCUUCUGUACAGGAAUUGAUGGUGUUUUGGACGCGUAUCAAACUUGUAUCCGAUCCGUUCAGCUUUACGGACCAACUAAUUUUAGUCCUGUAAUCCACCAUGUCGCUAAAUUCGCUCAGACUUAUCAGGAUGGCUCUCAAUACUUCAUUUUGUUGAUAAUCACCGAUGGUGUUAUUACGGAUAUGCAACAAACUAAAAAAGCUAUUGUUGAAGCUUCGAAGCUUCCCAUGUCAAUCAUUAUCGUAGGUGUUGGUUACGCAGAUUUCAGCGCUAUGGAUGAACUUGACGGCGACACGGUACCGGUCUCUUUCAAUGGACAAAAUGUUGCUCGCGAUAUCGUGCAGUUUGUGCCGUUUAGAAAUUUCCAGCAUUUCGAAAAUCCUAUUCUAGCUAGAGCUGCCUUGGCUAAAGAAGUAUUAGCCGAAAUCCCUGAACAAAUUGUCGAUUACAUGAAAACUCGUAGAAUAGAACCUGGAUCUUUUAAAAAGCAGUAAAUUUAAACGACGAAUUUAGAUGUUCUUAAAUUAAAUUAAUUUUCAGCUUCUGUAGUGACUUAAUUUUCAUUUUAGAGUUUUUUCAGUCUUUACCUUAAAAACUAGUCUUUUUCAGUCUUUCUUUUCAUACCGAGUAGGUAGUUUCACUCGUCGUGUUGUUCAAUUUGUUUUAUGCACCAAUAUCCUAUCCGCAAGUCGAAAAAUAACAAUUCAUUUAUAUUUUGGGAAACAAUUAAUUUUAAGACUUUUCUUAAUUUUUUUUAUACUAUUCAUGUUGUUUUCGAUUAUUUUUAAUUACCUGUAAUUUUAUUUUAAUUUUGUGAUAUAAUUUUCAUGAUAAAUGUUCAAUAUUCAAGAGUUUAAAAUAUUCAUCUGCCUCAUUUUUUAUUUUUGUUUUAUAUUCUAAGUAACAUUUAAUUUCCAAUCUUUUAAUAAUAAGAUUACAACGGAUUUUUAUGGAGAUAAUAUAUUCAUUUGAUUGAUUUUUUUAUUACAUUUUUUUAAACGAUUAUCUACUUUAUUAAUAUUAAGCAUUUUAAGAAUUGUUUAAAGAGUUUAAUCAAAUGCUUCGAUUUAUGGAACUUGUAUUCUGCUCAAUCGAUUUCUUCUCCUUCCUUUUUUUUCAGUCAUAGUUACCAGCUUCAAAUUGAUGUUUACAUUUGCAAAUAAAUUCAUUUCUGAUCUCCGGCA